AUGUUCGCCAAAUCAGUUGUUCUUUUCCUUGCUUUAGCUGGAUCAGCUUUAUCUGCCGAUCUCACCAUCCAGACUCCAGCUUCAUUAAUCACAUGUCAACCUGCACUUUUAUCUUGGACAGGUGGUCAAUCCCCUUAUUACCUUGCUGUUAUUCCAGGUGGUGAACCUUCAGCUGCUGCUUUACAAGAUUUAGGUGAACAAACUGGUAAUUCAUUAACUUGGACCGUCAACAUCGCUUCUGGUACUUCUAUCACCCUCAAAGUAACUGAUUCUACUGGUACCGUGAACUACAACCAAGCUGUCACUAUCCAAGCUGGUUCCAGCACCAACUGUUUGACCGCUGCUGCUACCAGCUCAGCUGCUUCAGCCUCGACUCCUGCCGCUGUCAGCACUGCUUCCAACGCUGCUGGAGUAGUCACCUCAGCUGCAUCAGGUUCAUCUAUGAUGUCUGCCUCUGCCAGUUCCGCCAUGAUGUCAGCUUCUUCCGCAGCUGCCUCCUCCGCUGUCGCUUCCAAGGCUUCUUCCGCCGCUUCAUCAGGUGUAGCUGCUGCUUCUGCCGCCAAAUCUUCCGGAGCUUCAGUCGCCUCUGCUGCUGCGUCCGCUGCCUCUUCAGCUGUAGCUUCUUCAGCCGCUAUGCCAGCUUCUAUGCUCAACGGUGCUGUCGUCGCCGUUGCUGCCGGUGUUGUAGGUCUUGCUUUCGCUUAA